AUGCUGGCUGCAGUGAAUGUCGUAGCCUCCGAGUCGCUGGAGCACAGCUGUCCCGCAAAAGCCGAUCGUCAGCAUACGAGGGCAGCCAAGGACGACGGAGAGGGGACGGAUGAGAACGGAUUGGCUAGACACGGGAAAGUUGGAACGAGUAUCGAGGUCGUGGGCGACAGUUGUGCUACUAGUACGGAGAAUGCGACGGUAGUACGCGCUGCGGCUUUUUCUCCCACCCCGUCCUCUGCUACCCCGUCCUCUUCUCCGCCUCCUACGCCGGCCUCUGCUAAACUCUCUCAUACCCAGGCCUCUGCUACCCUGGUCGAAUCUCCUGAGCCAUCGACCCCAGAAAAGUGCCGCCAAGCCGAGUCUGACCGUUCCGAUCGUUCCACUCCGGAGAACGAUCAUCGAUGCGCGGGAGCUUCCCUGAGGCCGCAGAAGCGUCCACGGUUGUCCACUCCGAGCGCACCUUCUGACGACGGCAUCGAUGAACGCGAGACGCGUGAGCGGGCGACGAUCGCCGGAGGAAUCGCGGAAGCGAACGCGAGGGAGCGAGACCCGGUGCUGCGGCCGGGUCCAGGGGACGUAGUGAGGUCGAGCACUGGGAUUACCGGAGCGCGCCAGACAGAGAGCGGAGAUCAGGACUUUCCUCAACUCGCGGGUGCUUCCGCCGCGGCCGAGCCUCUUGAUGGGAACUGCGAUGCGCGCGGAGGCGGCGUGGUGGAAACACCGUUUGAGGUCCCUUCUGAUGCUGCUGGCGUUCCGGAUGUCGCAGUGGUAAUAACCACAGGGGAGUGUGACGUGAGCUCCGACGUCACCACUGUCAUGAGUCUGACGCCAGGCGGCGGUGAGAAGACGGGACCGGACGGUGGUCCGGAACGCGCUGGCGAUGCAGACGACGCGGAGGGUGAAGCCGUUACCGUUACCGUCAAUGAUGCCGUGACGGUGGACAUGCCGCGGCGCAGAGGUGACGGGGAUGGGCAAGGCUGGGCGGGCGGCGGGCCUGGGGAAGCGGAGGAAGGGCGGAAAUCUGAGACGAGCGAGAGCGGACGCUUACAAGGACAGCCGGGCGGAGUGGCUGUGGCGGAAGCGGGGAACGGAGAGGGGACGGAGGAGGAGACGGGCGAGGGGGACGGUGAGAUGGAUUGGGAGGGCGAUGGCGAGGGAAUGACGCUUGACGAGUUGAUCCUAAUGCAAGGCGAUCUGGACGGUCUGCCUCUUGGCGUCUCUGCCGCCGCCGCCGCCGUGGUCCCCAUGGCUGAUGGAGAAGGGCGUUCGGAACAGGAGUGUUGGCCAAGGACGGAAAAAGCGCGUACCGUUGAUGAUGCUCGACACAUUGAUGUGGAUGGUGAUACUGCGGUGACCGCUGGUGGCCUAAUGGCCUUACCAGAGGGCGGAAGAGAGGGGAGAGAGGGAAGAUUGGGAGGCGUUGUGGAAGGGUCAGAGCUGGCAGAUUGCUGCGUCCCAGCUGCCUCUGCCUCCGCCUCUGCCUCUGCGCUCCCCUCGUCCGCUUCCCUCCCAACCUCCUCGCCUUCGUCCCCCAUCCGCUCGUCCCACUCCUCCGCGUCUGUCGCCCAAGGCGCCACCACCAAGCUCGCCAAGAGGCCCUCACCUUCCCCUUCAUGCCCGCUCGCAGCAACCAGGAGGUCUGAUAACACAACACGUGCAAACGCUGCAACAGCAACAGCAGCAGCAGCAGCAGCAGCAGCGGCGGCGGCGGCAGCAACGGUGGCGCCAGCAACUUCUGCUCCAGCAGCAUCUGCUGCUCCCUCCGUGGCCUCGUGUCACCCGCCCUUGCGGUCACUGCAAGCCGCCAGAGCCAGCAGCAGCAAGGGACUCAAAACCAUCAUGCCUGCUCCCUUUUCCUGCCAGCCUUCCUACCCUUCCUCCUACCCCUCCGCCUACCCGCCCUCCUACCCGUCCUCCUACCCUUCCUACCCCUCCUGCCCCUCCUAUUCCUCCUACUCCUCGCCCUUCGCACCAUCUCUUGCUGCUGCUGCUUCCGGUGGUUUCUUUUGUGCCAGUCAGCCGGUGCCUUUGGGAAUGCCACUGAUGGCAGGGCCAGGGGCUUUGGGCGCAGGCACCAUGACCAUGGGUGGCAUGGGCGGUGCCAUUUCUCACGGCAUGCCAGCUAAUGGCGUUGGGAUGGCUGCCAAUGGGAUGGCUAUUACCGAACAGGGUGGAAUGGGGAUGGGAGGGAUUACUGGGGCGGUUGGGGCAACAGCCAUGGGCGUGCCUGUGCAGCAGCAGCAGCAGCAGCAGGGAGGGUGGGGGAUGGUGCCGGCAGCAGCACCGAUGAACCAGCCUCAGGCACCCACGUUUCACUACCAGCAGCCGCAGAUGGCUGUGUUUGAAGGACGGUCGAGCUUUGACAUGGGCAUGGGCAUGGGCAUGGGCAUGAGCAUGGCGUUUCCUGCUGGAUCAGCAGCAGCAGGGGGCUAUGGGGCAUCCUCGCCAUCCAUGUGGUGCACACCCCAGGGAACAUGGGUGCAAGCGUCCCAAGGCACGCCUCAACCCCAGCACGUGUUCCCACACCCGUCAUCAUCAUUCCUAGCCCAAGCUGCUGAAUGCGCUACUGCCGCUCCCUUGGCCACCGCCCUUGCUGGGAAUGGCACUGAUGGUGGCGCCGCCGCCGCUGCUGCUGCGUCAUCUGCCAUCCCCGCAGGUCCAGCAGAACAUAUUGCGGUGAAGAGGCAGUGGAAUCUCACCAUUGCGAUGCAUCCUGACAAGAAGGGAGCCGAUGCUCUUGCUGGUGGCACUAGCUGUAACAGCGGUAACAGCAGAAACGGUGGUGAGAACAGUAACCGCAUCGACUGCAAUAACUGCAGCAGUGGCGGUGGUGCUGGUAGGGAUGUUGCUCCUGUUCACCGCACUCCUGUCGCCUCUGUGUCUGCCACCAUGCCUACCGCCGGUGCUGCGGCUGCUGCCAACGCCGCUGCUGCUUUCCUUCUCAAUGCUACUGCUGCUGCUGAACCUUCGCCUGACCCUCACACUGCUGCUGCUGCUCCUUCUCCCCUGACGGAAGUGGAAACCGGAUCACGCGAAGCAACCAUGGAAGGAAAGGGGGGAGCGGAGGGGGGAGUGCAAGGUGAGGAGACGACGAAGGAGGAAGAGCAGGGUUCAGGUGUGCAAGGGGACGUAGUGGCGGAUGCAGAAGCAGAGGCCUUGUUCUCGGACUCACUGCUCCGUGAUGACGACCACGGGCUCUCCUCCUUCGUCCUCGACCUCGCCCUGCCUUCCCACCCUCCUUGCGCUCCCACUCCCGCCUUGCCUGCUGCCGUCCGCACAGCCGCAACCAUCAAUACAUCUGGUCCUGGUGGGAAAGGGGCUGUCGCCACGGCCAACAAGGCAGCAAUUGUAGAAUCUGGACCUGCCCCUGGAUCCAGCCUCACGUCUGCAGCCAAGGCGAAUCCAACUAGCAACUCCGUGGCAGUCACAAAAGCACUCGCUGCUGUGCCUGGUGGUGUGGUGGAUGCUGCACGGGCUGCUGUGGCUGCUGUGCCCUCUUCCCUUGGGCCAAAAGCCGUGCUGGCUCGGAUCAGAAGUGGCAAGGUUGCUGCUGCCAUGGCUGCUGUUCAUGCUGCUGGCCAGGCUUCUCCUUGUGUCCCGGGAAUGCUGAAGGCAGGCACGACUCCGAGCGAAGGUCUGUGUCAAAAAGUGGGAACAAAAGCAGCAGCAGUAGCUGGGGCAGCGACUUUUGUGCAGAAGAAAGGAGUAGUGCAGAAUCCAUCUGGAGUGGUUGCGGGACAUGCGCGGCAUGGGCUUCAGGCAAACCCAUCCCCUCGCCUUACAGCUGCUCUUUCUUCUCUUCGGAAUGGUUGCAACAAUUUGCCUAAGGACAACAACGUUGACUUGGUGGACCGGGAGUGGGACGAUGGCGAUGCGGAAGGCGGGGCUCUCUGGGUGGAGGCCCCGUACAUGGUGGAUUCGCUGUUGUGA